GAUUUAGUUCAUAGAGGUUUUUUUAAAAAAGAGAAUGAAGUAUUACCAGUAUUUAUACAUGUGUCUAAAUCCCUCCAGUCCAGACACCAUGUCAGCUUGCUUGUCCUUGAGAGUUUGCUUGUUAUAUGGAUGACACUGUAAGGCAGUGGAGGGUGAAGGGUAUCAGCUAGGAAGCAUACCUAAUUUCUACCUUCAGAAGGGUGCUUUAUCUGUGGGUGACACAGUUCUCUGUAGCCCUUUAUCACUGUCCUCUCCCUUAGACCUCAGAUUGCUGUCCCAGGAGAAAUGUUGCAGUAGUGGUGUCAAGAUAAUGCAAAGACUUAUUAGAGGAAAGCCCCCUGUAAUUGAAGUAGUGAAUUUGAAACUUGUGAACACCUCUCAAAUACUAACUGAUGCUCUUUGUUGGACCUCCAAGUAUACUUUAUACAAUAGACUGAGUAUGGAUUAUGCUGGAUAAUCCUAGGCAGCACAGAAUCGUAGGAUCCGUGCAGGAAUGGUCUGUACCUUUCAUAAGGCGAGACAUUGGCAAUGCAUGACUGACAACCAGGACAGAAAUAUUUAAUUUUCUACGGGGUCACAAGUGUGAAAACUAGCAGUGGUAUUUUACUCAGGUGAACGAGGAUUGUGAGUCACCAUUAAAACGUUACAACGCUCCUUCUUUAAAAAAUCUGGGUUGGAGAAUCCCUUUUAUUGAUCUAGAAUGCCACUGGAAUUGAUUUUGAGUGAUCUAUGACACCUGAGUUUACCUGUUUCUGAUAUUUUUCAUCCUGUGAUCUAUAUGUUUUUUCUUUCGUUUGACUUCUGGAUAUGUUUUUUUAAUUUCUUGGAUCAAUUAACUGGUAGUAGGAGGGUGUAAACAAUGAACAUGCUAUGUCUGGAGGAAAUAUUCGUUUACAUGUGUUGUCGGGAAAAUCAAAGAAAGUGUGCUUAGUCCAAGCUCUCAUUGAUUUUUGAUGAUGUAAUAUUUUUAUUUCCUAAUCAUUUACCUGCAAAUUUUUAAAGGUUUUCAAAGAAAGUACUUGGGACAGGUAUAGUGUUAUUCCAGCAGAAAUUCAUUGUGAAUGAGGUUUAUUGUGUUAAUUAUGCCUCAUUAAUCAAUCAUCAUCUAGUAGGAGUUCAAACCCGGCCUGUCUAGCUGUGGGACAUGUUGACAAGCAAUUGUGAUGAACAUCUAGAUAUAUAUAAUAAUAAAGAGUCCCCUAGGAAUAAUCUUCAUCUUUCUGUGGAACUCGGAUGGCCCUGUGAGGAAACUUAACAGUGAAUUCCUAGUGAACUGAAGCAGCUUGUCAGUGAUACCACUAUGUAACUUUUGUAGAUGAAUGGAUUUAAAUCUGAUCUAUUGUUGCAGAUUACAGGAGAAUUAUUCAAUUCUUACAGAGAUAAUACUGGGUGAACAGCUCUUGUUUACAAAAUGUCUGUGUUGUUAACUGGAAGGAUCAUAGUUUAUUUAUUGACAAUAUCAGUGACAUUGGCUCAAACCACAGAUGAGGUUACCCAGAGUUUCUGCUACAACUACCCGUGUAAGAACGAUGGAACAUGUCUCCAGGAUUCCAGCGGCUACACCUGCCUAUGUCCUCAUCUCUAUAAUGGAACCAACUGUGAAAAUGAUCUGAGUGUGUAUGGAUGCAGUGUCAGUCCAUGUUUUCAUGAUGGUACCUGUGUGUCUGAAACAUCCGGUGGAAGGACCUAUAGAUGUCUAUGUGUAUCAGGAUACACUGGAACCAACUGUGAAAAAAACAUAGAUGAAUGUGCAGUCAAGCCGUGUGUAAAUGGAGAGUGCAUUGAUGGUGUGAACAGCUUCACCUGUAAUUGUACUGGUUCAGGCUAUACUGGAUCAACCUGUAAUGAAGAUAUUGAUGAAUGUCAACUGACACCAGAUUUGUGUGGAAGUGGCACCUGUCUUAAUGCCCCAGGAUUGUUUAGCUGUUCUUGUCCAGCUGGUUUUGAGGGCGAGAAAUGCUUAACUAACACUGACGACUGUGCCUCUGCUCCGUGUCAGCAUGGUGGGACCUGCCAGGAUAAAGUGGGGGACUUCUACUGCCAGUGUGUGGAUGGGUAUCAAGGCAAGCAGUGUGAGAAAAUCAUUGACAAUUGUUUGGGGGUCAACUGUUCUGGGGCUUUCCAGAUCUGUCAAAACGGCAUCAACACCUAUUCAUGCAUCUGCAAACCAGGCUAUACAGAAAACUCUGGUACUUGUGUGGACAUUAAUGAAUGUGAUGCUUCUCCGUGUCGCAAUGGCUCCACUUGCCUGAACUUGGAGAAUAGAUACCGCUGUCUGUGUGCUGUUGGCUACUCAGGAUCAGAGUGUGAAGUGAACAUUAAUGACUGUUCUCCGCCACCAUGUCAGAAUGGAGCCUCGUGCGAGGACAAAGUGAAUGAUUAUGUGUGUGACUGUCUACCAGGAUUUACAGACAAAAACUGCUCAACAAACAUCGACGAAUGCAUAACAAACAAUCAGCCCUGUCAACAUGGAGCCACCUGUACUGAUCUGAUUAAUGACUAUAAAUGUCAGUGUGUCGCAGGCUGGACAGGCAAAAAUUGUGAGGCAGAUUACAAUGAGUGUAGCUCCAUGCCAUGUGGCAAUGGUGGGAUUUGCACUGAUCGUUUGAAUGGCUACAACUGCACGUGUACGGCUGGCUGGACAGGAAGUCAGUGUAAAAUUGAUAUCAAUGAAUGUGAAGCUGAGCCAUGCCAACAUGGAGGGACAUGUAACAACCUUCAGAAUGCUUACAACUGUACUUGUGCCUCUGGAUUCACUGGAUUUAACUGCGAGACUAAUAUCAAUGAAUGCGUACCAAACCCAUGUGGGAACGGGGGCACCUGCCAUGAUGGAAUAAAUGGGUAUAACUGCACGUGCACUUCUCCCUACAUGGGUAAGAACUGCUCGCAGCCCUAUGAUGCUUGCUCCUUCAAGCCUUGUCAGAAUGGUGCCACAUGUAGCUCAGUGCUGGGUUCGCAUGACUAUAACUGCAGUUGCAAGACAGGCUUCACAGAUGUUAACUGUUCCACGAAUAUUGAUGAUUGUGUUUCUGCACCCUGCCAGCUACCAUUGGUGUGCUAUGAUAGAAUUAAUGGCUACAAUUGUUCCUGUCCAAAAGGAAUGGAGGGAAGUGACUGCAGCCAGGAUAUAGACGAAUGUCGUUCCUCUCCAUGUGUGAAUGGAGGUACCUGUCACAACGAGCUUGGACGCUACAGGUGUGAGUGUACACAGGUGCUGGUCAACUUGACCAAGUAUGUCCAUCACCAGACUCUAGAGUUUAUCUCUGGUUUCAAGGGUGUGAACUGUGAGAUGGACAUUAAUGAGUGUGAUUACACUUCACCAUCAAUUUGUCUUCACAACGGCUCUUGUACCAACACGCACGGAGACUACAAUUGUUUGUGUGGACCUGUGUAUAAUGGUGUCUAUGCCACAGGGAACAAUUGCGAGCUUUCCACGUCCUACUGUGAGUCAGCUGAAGAGGUUAAGGGAGACCCUCCUGCAUGUCACAAUGGGGGCACAUGUCUACCAGAUGCUGAAAGUUUUACCUGCAGUUGUGCAGCUGGAUUCACAGAUCCCAGAUGUAAAACAAAUAUAGAUGAAUGUGAGUCAUCACCUUGCCUGUAUAAUGGUACCUGUGUGGAUGGUAUUGCUCGCUAUGAAUGUGUGUGCAUCCCGGGAAUUACUGGUCCAAACUGUGAAACUGACAUCAAUGAAUGUGAAUCCGAUCCUUGUAAAAACGGUGGCAGCUGCAUCGACCAUAUCAAUGGACUCGAUGGUUUUGACCUUAGCACUUUGCCUCCUGGUUCUAUUGGGUAUGAGUGCAACUGCACAGACACUGGCUUUAAUGGUACAAACUGUGAAUUGAAUAUUGAUGACUGUGCCUCCAACCCCUGUCAAAAUGAGGCUACUUGUUCUGAUCUUAUCAAGGAUUACAACUGUACCUGCUACAAUGGAUACCAAGGGAAAGAUUGUCAGACUGAUAUCAAUGAAUGUGAAUCCAGCCCCUGUCAGUACAAUGGAACCUGUUUGGAGAAGUCUAAAAGUUCUACUUAUCAACAGGUCCCCAGUCUGGGAGACUUCUCCUAUGCUAAGGCAGAGGGGUACUAUUGCCUAUGUAUUGCAGGCAUCACAGGAGAAAAUUGUGAAAUAGACAUUAAUGAGUGCCUCAACAACACAUGUCAACAUGGUUCAACAUGUCUAGAUAGAAUUAAUUACUAUGACUGUCAAUGUGCACCUGGGUACAGAGGAGACAGGUGUGAGAUUGAAAUUGACGAAUGUGUGGAAUUGACACCAUGUAAAAAUGGGGCCUCGUGUAUAGACAAGAUAGCAGAUUAUGAAUGUAGAUGUGCACCAGGCUACAAAGGUGAAACAUGUGAUGAAGAGAUUGAUGAGUGUUUGGAAUAUUUACCCUGUGACAAUGGAGCUACCUGUGUUGACAAAGUGGCAGAUUACAACUGUGUUUGUGCCUCAGAGCCAGACUCCUCUGACAGAUCGUUUGCUGGGAAAAACUGCAGUGUAGAAUUAAGGGCAUGUAAAGAUGGAGGGGAUAACGUGUGUAGAAAUGGGAUCUGUAUUCCAUUCCUCAAAUCCGAGUUACCUUCAGUCCAGCAGGACUUUUACUGUAAGUGUAACCCAGGAUUCACUGGAAGAAAUUGCACAACACCAACAACCUUUUCAUUUAAUAACCGAUUGCCGUCAUCAGUCCAACACAACUUAGAUCAAACUGGAAACAACACCAUAAAGUUUAGGUUUAGGACCACUUUACCAAAUGUUAUACUAAUGAUGUGGCAUGGGGACUACUUUCCUACUGGGAUAUUUGUGCACAUUGAAAUCUUUGAAGGAUGUAUAUACAUGGGUUAUUUUCCAUACAAUUCUGAUCGCAGUAGAAUAUUCAAAUAUCUUCACAUUCCAUUGAUGGUCAAUGAUGGAGAAUGGCAUGGCAUUUCUCUACACCAGCUAAAUGAAACAGACUCUGAAGAGAAAGGACAAAUAACUGUCAAGAUAGACAGCCCACAGUGUGUCUACAAUGCAACAUUGUGUGAGAGAGUAGUAUAUUAUCUACAGAUGAUAAAUGCUACUCCAAUGAAAGAGGUGUACUUUGGAAAAGCAGGGAAUAUAUCACGUAGGAAACUUACAAAAUCACAGACAUUGUUCAUGGGUUGUAUGCAGGACAUGACUGUAAACAACAACAUUGUAUUGUCAGAGAAUUCUGAUUAUAAUAUUCCCAUCAACCUAGUGGCAGGCUGUAACAGAAAACCACAAUGUCUGGCCGAUACAUGCAGCAACCGUGGUACCUGCACGGACGUUUGGGAUGAUUUUUCAUGUAAAUGUAAUCGACGCUUCUUGGGGAAAAGUUGUGAAGAAGAGUAUAUUCCAGCUACGUUUGCCCGAGACAACACACAGAUUAGUUUCACCUCUUUUAACAUACCUCAGGAUCAGAAAGAUAUUCUUAGAAAUAAAGUCAAGUUGACCUUAUUUGUCAGAACUCGUGAGCCCAGUGGACUCAUUAUGUAUCUAGGCAAUGAUGAUUCCACUUUUUUGACCCUUGAGAUUUUUCAAGGCAAACUGGCCAGCAGGCUCAUGCUUUGUAAUACUCAGACGAUCCUCUUCAUCAUGGAUAAUCAAACUGUGUUAAACGAUGGACAGCAACAUUUUGUUGGUGUGGAGUUUCUUUCAGGGGACAAAUUGCAGCUCAUCAGAAAUGGAAACCCCAUCCAGCCACACGCCAUUCUGCCAACUGGAAGUUGUGACAUUGAUGCCAAGUACCUGAUGUUUGGUGGGGAAAUUCCUCAGUCGAUGAAACAGUCUGGUCGUGUGAGGAGGGAUACCGUUGUGAUCAAUGUGAAUGGGAACCUUAUUCCAAAAUUAACUCAGCUGGGAAACUAUAAGGGAACUAUCCAAGAUGCUGAAAUUAAUGAUAAUAGACUGGUUUUCUUUCCUGGAAAUACUACGGUUGAAAGUAAUUUUACUUUGACCAACAGCACAGGAGUUGUUGAAAAUGAGGUCACUGAUGAUGUCUGUGUCAACGAAUCUCCAUGCAUGCACAAUGGAACAUGUACCAAUGUAUUCUACAAUGAUUUCAGUUGCAACUGUCCACGGGGAUUCAGGGGGAAGAACUGCAGUGAGAUUGAUUUCUGUGAUGAUGACUCUUGUCCUAAAUCAGCCACCUGCAAAAGCCUACACAACGGGUUUGAAUGUAUUUCGACUACAUUAUUUGGUGUCAGCAGUCAUGUGGAAUACACUCCCAAGCUUAAUCCAGGUCGAUCCAUCAAGGAAAUAUCCAUUCAAAUAAGAACUUUAGUUAGAAAUGGAUUAAUUCUGUUUGCCCAAAACGAUCCACAAUUUCUUAAGAUCCGAGUUCGAGGAGGCAAAAUCCAGGUUCUAUACCGUGUUGGAGCAGGACAAACAGAAUUAGUGGAGGUGGAUUAUUAUGUUAGUGAUGGGGAAUUCCACACGGUGAAACUGACGGAGAACGCUGCUAAUAUGACAUUAUCAGUGGAGGGCCCCAGCAAAAACAUCUCCAAGGACUUCACAUUCAGCCAUAGUCCCACCAUCAAUCUCACAGCAUUGAUUAUCAAUGAAAAGAGCAGCAGAAAAUUAAUGUUGGGCUACAGUCAAGAUGCUAACGAGGACUGGUUUUACAAAGGUUGUCUGCGUGAAGUGCGAAUUGGUGGGGUACUGCUUCCAUUUUACUUGAAGAACAACUUCACCAAUUUCAAUACCUCGGUAUAUCUGGAGUACUUUGAAGCGCAGGAUGUGAAUGUUCAGAAGUACGGCUGUUCCACUAAUGAUUCGUGUGUCCACAGUCAGUGUAAGCACUCUUCAGUGUGCCAGGAAGAUUACUAUAGCUACACUUGUCAGUGUCCUUCUGGCUACGGAGGACAAUGGUGUGAAACUAAUAAGGAUGAUUGUGCAACAUCACCCACAUGUGGCCAAGGUGGGAAAUGUGUGGAUGGACUUGAUGCCUUCACUUGCCAGUGUAGAGAUGGAUAUAGUGGAAUUAGGUGUUCAAACUACACAGACCCCUGUAAUCCCAACCUCUGUCAGAACGGGGCGGAGUGUAGUGAUGGUGGUGGGACUGCUACCUGUAACUGUACGAGUGGAUACAUAGGAAGCACCUGUCAAACCCAGGUUACACAGACAUGCAAUGAUAGCCCGUGUAAGAACAAUGCUUCUUGUGCGGACGACAACAGCAAACAACCACCAUUCAGUUGCUCCUGUACAGAGAAGUACACUGGGCCCUUAUGUGAUGUGGAGAAGGACUUCUGUGAUGAUCUCCCUUGUUUAAAUGGGGGCACCUGCAUCAAUAAUUAUGCAGAGAAUACAUUCACAUGUAGAUGUGUCCCAGGAUUUGAUGGCAAGAACUGUAGUCAUAACAUUGACAAUUGCAGUUCCAAACCCUGCAAUAACAAUGGUGCCUGUGUAGACCUGAUCAAUGACCAUCUUUGUAACUGUACAGAUGGUUGGAGAGGGCAAUCCUGUGAGCAGGACAUUAAUGAGUGUGACUACCAGCCCUGUCAGAGAGGAAUCUGUGAGAAUACACCAGGAAGCUUCUCCUGUAACUGUGUAGGAGACGGGAUUGGAUACACGGGCCCGGACUGUGGGAAGGAUUAUAAUGAGUGUACAGAAGAGUCCCCCUGUGCUAAUGGGGCAACAUGUGUGAACUAUGAGGGAGAUUACAACUGUAGCUGUACGGAGGGAUACAAGGGGAAGAACUGCACAGAGGUGGACUGUGACAGUGUGAACUGUCUCAACGGGGGUCAGUGCAAGCACCGGCCACCACUCAACAAUACGUGGAUGUGUGAAUGUCCAACAUAUGUACAUGGCACAAAAUGUAGCACACUGGGACCAUGUUAUGAUGAGCCAUGUCACGAGAGCAACAUUAAAUCCCCUUGUGUAGAGAUUGAAAAUCUAACAGAUUAUACUUGUUCGUGUAAGAAAGAGUGGCAGGGUAAGAACUGCACAGAGGAUGUAGACGAGUGUUCCAGCAGUUCUCCUCCAUGUUCUCACACUCAGAGCGAAAACUGCACCAAUGUCCAAGGCGACUACAUCUGCUACUGCCUCCCAGGAUUCUCAGAUAAAAACUGUAAUACCGAUAUUGAUGAAUGUGUGGCAGUUACCUGUCAUAAUGGCGGGACCUGUAUAAACCAGAUCAACAGUUACACCUGUAAUUGUACACCAGGGUGGACCAACUCAACCAAUUGUAUGGAAAACAUAAAUGAAUGUCAGCAGCCGGAUCUGUGCUUGAAUGAUGCCACAUGUGUUGACACAGAAGGCAGCUUUGAGUGUGUCUGUCAGCCCGGCUACACAGGGACUCUCUGUGAUGUUAUGGAUCCAGAUUCCAGGAAGAUUACACAAGAGGAUAAUAUCUGGAUCAUUGUGGGUCCGGUGGUGGCGGGAUGUUUGUUAUUAGUAGUCAUAGGUUUAGUAAUAUUCUUAAAAAUGGCACGUAAAAAGCGGCGAACGCGAGGAACAUACAAUCCCAGUCGACAGGAAAUUAAUGGCUCCAAACUAGAACUUGGUCGUGUUUUGAAACCCCCUCCUGAGGAGAGACUAAUUUAAGGAUAAAUUCAAAGGAUAUCUGUGAUGGAAAUAUUCCCAUAGACCUAAAUAACUCAAUUGUCUCAAAAGAAGUAAUGGAGUGAGUGAUUCUGUAAAGGGAAGCAACUCAAGUGAAAAUGACUCACAGUGAGAGACUUGGUCAUUCAAGACCAUUUUUUACCCUGCCAAAGAUUUAUCUUGAUCAAACAGAAAUCAAAACCAAAUAAUGGAACUAUGCAAUCCUAGACUUUGGGACAGAUUAUUUGACCUGUCCUGUAAAAGCAAUUUAAAUGAUAUCUUGGAUAGGUGCAUCAUUAUGGAUAUUUGAACAAGCAUGGUUGGAUGUUUUGGAUAUUUGAGUGAGAAUUUUAUGUCACAUGGCAUUGAUUCUAGUGAACAAGUGCUAACAAUUCUCUGAUCAAAUUUGUUGAUGAUAUUUUCAUUUAAGCAAGUUAAAUACUACAAGAUUUGCACCCAUAUCUCAGGAAUGUCUGCAAUAAGUGUCAUUUUCUUAGCCUUGAACUCCCAUAGCCUUGACCUGUGUCAAAGUAUAGUUGUUCUUUUAUCACUGAAGUUGUAAGAUUUUGAGCCCAUGAUUGAACAAUAUUUAUCAAUGAUUGUAAUGCAGUAACAGUAAAUCGUUCAUGAAUAGAUUAGACUAAACUACAUGAGUUGACACACUGUAUCAAGACUUGUUCUGAAGUUGUGUAACAAUGAUUUUGAUUUCUUUGUAUGAUAAAUAUAGUUAUUGAUAUUUCCAGCAUGUGUAAUAGCAUUAUUUAGUGUCUUUUACUGUGAUAUUGGCCAAAGACUUCUCAUUUUUCACAUUGAUUUCAUUAUUUUCCCAGUAAUUAAAUGCCAUUUGAUGAUGUGUAUCAAAACAAUUAUAUACAAAUAUGUUAUAAUCUCUGUUAAGAUUGCACAAGCAUUCACUCUCACACAUGUACAAUUUCAAUAUAUAUAUUAUUUCAAAACCAGCCAGAAUUUUGUGUCAUUUGACUUGAAUGUGUCAGUACUUGUUGAGUUGGUGCUAUGUAUUUAGUGGGGAAUUUUCUUCUGAUUAUUAUGUGCAUAGUUUCAUAAAUCUAUAUUUAGCUAUGACACAGUAUUGUAUUUACAUAGUACAGAAGUGAAUUUGUACCAGUCUUUAGGAAGAUAAAAAUGUGUGUUUCGAUUCAUUGAAGAAUGAUGUCACUUGCUAUCGUUACUUUAUGGUGUGUAUGUGAUGUGAAUGUUUGCAAAUUAAGCCUGGUAGUGUAAGAAUGAAAGGGCAUCAAAAAUACACAUAUUGAAAUUAAUUUUCAUGAUUUUAAUACUCAUAUCCAUGUGCAGUGUGGACUAAUUUAUUAACAACAUGCUAAUUAGAGCAAGUCUCUUAGAAUUUAGUCACAUUUCAGCAUGUGCUAAUUUAUUGACAGCAUGCUAAUUUGAGCAAGUCUCUUAGAAUUUAGUCACAUUUCUGAACAAAUUGUCAAGACUAAACAUGUAAUAUAGAUGGUAUAAAAUUUCCCUCUGACAAUCAGUCUGGGUUUCCUAUUACAGUUCUAAAGCCAGAAGGAAUGUUCUAGUAAUGUUAUUUAAUUGCUGUUCCUUUGGAUGUUAUUUUUGAUAAUAAUUAAGGUUUCUGUAUCCCUAAUACAUUCCUACAUUUCUGACUUUUAGACAUAUUACAUAUCAAUAGUAUAUCAUGGUUGUGAUUAUAUGUAUUACCCUUGUUAAUUGCAAUUUUUUUUUUUAAAUCCAGAGGGAUUAAUGUUUAAGGACAUUUAAUCCUCAGAUAUAUUGUUAACAUUUUUGAAAUUGUUUGUGCAUUUUUGCCAAAUAUGUACCAGUCCUUCUAUUUUCCUCUUGAAUCCAUCUUGUUCUUGCAUUCUAAUCCAAAGUUAGAUUUUCUGAUCAUAUUUUUAUUGAAAUUAAAUUCAACAUGAUGAGAUGGAGACCCUCUAAAAACUUCCCUGUAGAUUAUCAUGAAAUUAAGAUAUUUCAUUACUUAUGAUCAAUUUACACUAUAAAAAAAAACUCCAUUAUGCAUAUAUACAGUGUAGAUCUUUUUCUGUGGAUUUUAUAUAUUUAUUUAUAUAUAUAUAUAUUAUAUAUAUCCACUAAUUGUCAUCAAACAAACUAAUGUUAAAUUUUAUGGGAAAGUUUUUUAUCCGUCUCAUUAAAAAUGAAUUGUGUUAUAAGCCAUGAAUAUUAUGAUAUACUUUGUACAUAUAUUUGUAUAUUUUUAUACUGCAUCAGAUGUAAUCAUACAUUAAUCAUUUUUAUACAGAGGGAGAUGAGAUUAUAAAAACUAUCUGUUGUCAUUCCGAUUCAUUCAUAACUUAAUGAGCAUGUAUAUUUUUUGUCUCCUGCCAUAGUGGCAUUGUGAUGCUACGCAAGACUGCUUUCAACAUAAUCAGUGCGGAAAUGAAAAAAAAAGUUACAUGUAUUGUGUUGAACACAAAGGAUUAAAAAAAAGAGCUAUUAUCAUUAUACAAAGGCAUGGUAUAUCAUUAUAAAACUAGUCAGCAAUAUUUUAUUCAUUAUGAAAUAAAGUCCAAUUAACAAUUUAG